AUGAAGGCAAGUGAAAUAUUGAUACAAAGAAAUGAAGCAGAUCUUGGAGAAAUAAGAAAGCUGUUCCAGAAGAAUGGCUACAUAACACAUGUGAAAGAUUCUACAGAAGAGGAGGAGAAAGAAAUGAAAAGUGAUUCGAUGGCAUCUGUCCAGAAUAAAUCCGAUGAAGACAAAGCAGAUAAUGUACCUGAUCUUCCUGCUGGUACUGGGAAAUCACUGGUGCCUGCAGACCCACUGCGUAACCCCCGGCUUUCCGAUUUUGGUCUUUCACAAUACGGUUUCUACAGGCCUUGGAGUGCAGUGGAAGGACAACACACAACAAAUAUGCAUCAAGCAAAUUUAAACAACAGAACUCCACUAAAAGCACUGACCCCCUGUACUUUGCCCAAAACACCAAAAUGUAAGCUGAAGAUGGAUGAUUAUGAGUGUGUAACACCAAAACUGGAACACUUUGGCAUUAGUGAACAUACAAUGUGUAUGAAUGAAGAUUAUACGAUGUCACUUAUUCAUAAAACUGCUCAGACAAGCAAGAAGGGCUUGGUUUUCAGGUUGGUUGAUGAUCGUGAAGUGACUGUACAGGAAAUGACACCCAGGGAAAUCAUGGUCACUCCUGGGCCAAAAUCAAAAGUGACACCUAAGAAUGCAGCUAACUGGAUGGCUUCUCCUGCAAUGCCUGUGUUCUGUACUCCUGAUGUGAAAAUCCCUUCCAGAACAAACAGUACAGUAUUAUCAAGGUUACCAGAGACAAAUGAACAGCCUCUUCCCAGUCAUACAGAAACGCCACGGUGUCCAGAUUUUGAAACGAAAUGGAUAAAAGCGGAAGCUAAGUUCUUAAGUAGCAAUUCUGAAGUGAAGCAGGGGGGGAAGACUGAGUCAGUGACAAAGAAUGAUGCAACAGAUAAACAACACAAGGGAGACUGCAUUUCUUUUGCUGGGAGCUCUGAUGAGUAUCUUAAAAGUUUCAGAGACCCUUCUCCUCCCAAAAUAAAACACUAUGACCAGUUACUGAAUACUCCUCCACCUCCAGAAAUAACAAAGAUACCAGAUGAUGUUCUACAGAUCCUGUGCAAAUAUAGUGGUAAGGUAGACUCUAACACCAAGGAAAUGGAGACUGAGACAGGAAAUGCUACAAGACAUGAAAAUGAUGUCACGGAUUACUGCAACAAAGAGAACAGAGGAUAUCCUGGACUCUUCAAGCCAAACAUCUAA